AUGAUCAGCGAUGAUGAGUACCACGAGAUCGAUUUCAACAGCGAGGAGGAUGGCUCGGACGACGACUAUACUCCAGGUGAAGAAUGGGCAGUGUCGAAGCGAAAACCAGGAAAAGGUGCAUAA